CUGCAAAUCUCUUUACAUUUUACAUUUGUCCCAUUUUUAAAAUUAGCUUCUGGGUUAAAUUGGCUUUACCAAACAUAUCAGCACAAUCUUCCCGUCCUCCUUCUAUCUUCUGGCACUGCAGCUGGUGACGCAGAAUUCCUCGUAUCGACUCAUUUCAGCCGCCUGUCUACUUCUGGUUCCGAUGUACUUUCAUCUGUUUCUCCCUGUCCUCUCGGUAAAGUCGAUCAGACUGACCGGCUAGGUUCUGCAGAUUCGCUUGUUAACCGACUUGUAGAUCCUGCUCCUCCGCAUUUGCCCAUUGCUACAGCUGAUUGGGGACCCCACUUGGUGGUUUGUCCCAGUCUAUGUCUGCCAUCCUGGCGCUCACGGCUCUCUGCUGUUUGGCCAGGCAUACGCAUAUUGUGCAUAGCCGUUGGAUAUGGCGCUAGUUUUCAUGAUCGCUGCUCAGAUACUUGCCCCUCUUUCGGCGACUGUGAGCACGAUGUUGGGCUGGAACCAUCAAUUGCCGAGUCCAAGUUAAAUCUCAUGGCUACAAUUACUGGCCACACCAGCAAUUUAGCCAGUUCCUUGCUUGGCGUCGACCUGUCUCGAUUGGACUCACGUACAUCUUUCAACGUUUGCCUGACAAGCUAUACUGUGCUUAACGCUAAUGUAGACUUUUUCUGCCAGAUUCCAUGGAACAUAAUCGUUUUUGACCAGAUUCACUAUCUGAUUCAUCAUUCGCUCACCUUCGAUUCUUUUAACUCUGCACUAUCUGGCUCCGGAUUUGGCGGCCGUACGCGUAUUUCCAAUGAUGACGAGGGCACCGAUGAAGCCGACGAGGCUGCAUCUCCACUGGUAUCUGCCGUUUCUGUGCCAUCGGUCUCUUGCCAAGAGGCGACGACUAUAAGCACUGGGACCAGUGGUUCUUCAAAUAGCUUUAGGAAUCGUGGUAGUGGCUCAAGACGCAAGACUGGGGCGGUAGUACAUGAUGCUAAUCAUGGCGUAGCUUGGCCAGGAUCUGGAGCUCAAGUGACUGGAAGCGGAUCAUCCGCUCACACCAGCAGCAGCAGCAGUAUAGCCAGUAGUAGUUGGAUGAGCGGAAAUUGUGCUACCGGAGACACCUGCAUUCCUCCAAAUGUUAGAAAUGUACGCUGCUCUAUCCUCGAACAGAUAACUACAGGCUCUGUAUCUGCCGAUUCAAUGUGGACACAUUUAGGUUCUGGGGAUCCACCUCUCUGUCGGCAAGCGACCAGCUUUACUUGUGAUCAUGGACCGGAAUCUGAAACGCAAACUGAAUCUGCUCAGCCGCCUAUUGCAUUAAUUCGUCCUCGGGGAAUUCAAGGAUUUUUGCCAAGAUCUAAUGCUGAAGAAACUAUCGACCAAUCUCACCUAACUCGACCUAGUUUUUCCUCAACAGCUUGUCAUACCAGCCUGAUUCGGCAUCUUGAGCUUCUAAGCCUUGAAGCAAAUCUUGUUGCAAACAAGGCUGUGGGAAACCGCCUAGCUCGCCAAUCGCCUGCAGUACCGAUGUUGCUUGCCAAACCCGAUUGGUUAGCUCGUCUUGCUGCGCGGCUGCCUUGUUCUCGCCAACGUAUCCUGAUCAGUGGUGCCGCUGCUGAUAUGCCUACCUCGGUUUCCCGACUCGACCUGCUUGCUCAUCUCCUGUUAACUCCAUAUGCGACUCCUAACAAAGAUCGCCUUCAAUCGCAAACAUUGAUGAGAGCUGAGGAGAGCCGUCAGCCGAAUUCGGACGUGGAGACUGUUGCUAGCACCUUUGUUGCUGCUCUGGCCGCAGCAAUGAUCCAGCUGAAUGCACUCACUGCAACUGGCCAGAUUCCAGUUCAAACAACCCAGUCCCAAGAGGUGAAGCGGGACCCGUGCGAAGCGUAUGCAACGUUACCUUCUGGAAUUGGAGCUGGGACUGGCUUAGUAAACUUCAACAACUCUUCAGAUAGAGAAGGAUCGAAUGAUAGACCUAGUGAAAUGAUCACUGCUCGCCAAUUAUCUCGAGAUUUAGCCAAGGUAUGA